ACCGAGUCCAAAACCCAGAUGGCCGAGCUCCGAGUCAACUCAAGAAUAAUUUCCCUCGUUUGUGUCGUUUCAUCCAUUUGUUGCUCACUUGCAAUCUCCAAUCUUCCAAUUCAUCUUUUCAUUUCAGCUUUUCCAAUCCAACCCACCGAACAAGACCCACUUCUCCAAUCAAGGUAAGCUCUUCUUUCUCUCUCUCUCUCUCUCUCUCUCUCUCUAGAAUAAUGUACAACACUUACCUGAGCUCAACUUUCUCAUUUAGAUGCAAAGGCCCACUUUCCUUUUCAUUCAAUGAUUAUUCUUGCUUUAACGAUAGAUUUGAUGUAAACCCAAGAACAUUCGCAUCACAAUCAUGCUGUGCUUGUUGUCCUAACCCCAUGUAUAGAGAACCCAUUGUGAACCCUAGCUAUUUAUAUGGGUUGAGGCAAUCAGCUCUAAUUCAGUGUUCAGCUUCUAGGAGGCUGAUCUUGGGUAGUGCAGACCAGUACUAUUGCCGGUUACCCGCUUACGAUGCGGGCCAGAGCUGCUGUUGUGGGUUUGUUGAGGAGAGGAGUGUUAGUGGCAGGAGAGGGGGGUUAGGGGCGGCAAGAUUUCGAUGUAGGGUUUCGGAGGAAAAGAGCAAAAGGCAUCACUCCCGGGAUAUCGACAAUGUAGAAGAAAUACUUAGCUUGUUGAGUGAGGAAGUGGGUGAAGAGUGUUUUGGUGUUGGGGAGAGAAAUGUUCGGUCAUCGGGGAGGGUGGAGGAGGAGGAGGAGGAGAAGAAGAGAGGUAGUGGUACUGCUUACAGGAAUAGAAAGAAAAAUGAUAGUUCUGGUUUGUUUGUGAGUAAUUCGAAGCGUGAUGUUGAAUCUGUAAGGAAGGAAUCAAGGGAAGUGGAUUAUAGAGAACUUGAAGAUAAAAGAAAAGAAGACAAGGAAAGUCAUUUGAGGGGCAAGGAACAUAGGAUUAGGAAAGACGGGUCUAGUGGCUCAUCUUAUUAUUCAUGUGGUUCUUUGGGUGAGUUCGAGAGUGAUAGUGAAUUGCAGGUUAGGCAAGAGGGAUAUAGAGGGGAAUCAUCGAGUGGGUUUGGAAGGAGUUCAGAAGAAAGUGUAGAAUUGACGUAUGAUGGGAAAACUGUCGAAGAUGUAAAGAGGCGCGGAGGUGUUACGAGGGAUCAUGGGGUUCUAAUGCAGCAGGGAAAAGCUGCACUAGGGUCAUACACUGCAUCAAGUGGUAUCGAGUGUGAUUGGAGAAAGAAAUCAGAGAAGAAGCUUACUGAAGAAUCGAAUGAACAAACGGAGUCAUGGGAUAAAUCAUUCAACAAGCACACUCGACAGAAACUUGAUGACAGGGACGAGACGUCAGCUUUUGAGCUAACUACUGGUAAUGAAACAAGGGACCAAUACUUUAAAAAGGAUGACCAAAUGACCAGACAGUCUGAAUCAAGUACGAAAUAUAAAAAAUUUAGUCGGGUUCAGGAGAUCCAUGACAGUGAACAAAACUUAAGAACAUCAGGAAGUUUGGUACACAAAACAAGAAAUGAACAGACUAAAACAGCUGGCCUUGUUAGCCGACAGGAUGAGUAUGAGAGGAAUUCCCAGAAACUCAAUAAAGUCUCGAAAAUUCAUGAAGCGAGUGAUAGAGUCACCUCUAUCUCCCAUAGACAGUCUGAAGCUAGAGUAAAGAAAAGGGAGGACAAAUCAACCGAGAUUUUGAGUUCAGUUCAUGAUACAGAAGAGCAUUACCAUGUAACUGGUCAACGAGACUCCAGACAUACGGACUCAAGUAGAAAAAUCCAAGAAUCGACUGAAAUGUCAGACAUGCAUGGUAUCGAUAUUGAUAACACAUCAGCUUCACUGAGGCAUUUCCUAACAAGUCAACAAGCUAUUAACAAACACGAUAAAGUCUCGGAAAUCCAAGAAAUGAAUGAUAGAGUCACCUCUGUCUCCCAGAGACAAUCUGAAGCUAGAGUAAAGAAAAGGGAGGACAAAUCAACCGAGAUUUUGAGUUCAGUUCAUGAUACACAUGAGCAUUACCAUAUAACUGGUCAACGGGACUCCAGACAUACAGACUCAAGGAGAAAAUUCCAAGAAUUGACAGAAAUAUCAGAUACGCAUGGUAUCAAUAUCCAUAACACAUCGGCUUCUCUGAGGCAAUCUGAUACUAGAAUGGAAAACCAACACUUCCUAACACAUCAACAAGCUAUUAGGAAGUCAGAGUCAAGAAAAGGAUCCUUAGACGAGAGGAAUAUGUCAGUCAUUCAGUCUAGUGAUGCCCAAUUUAUAGCCUCUCAAAGGGAUUCUAAAAGGAGAAUCAGUAGUCAAGACACACACUCCGUAUCAGUUGUGGAAUCAACUGAGGAAACCAUAGAGCGACAAAAUCUAACUGAACAAAGAGUCCUCCAAAUCGGAUCAAGAACUCAGACUCAGAGGCCAAUGAAAACACUAAGUUUCAGUGAGGGCACUACAAAGGAGGCUUCUGGUUCCCAAGCAGAUUUGGUUUUGAAAACCCAACCCAUAGAGCAGCAUAUUGGCGUGAAUGUGGGAGUUGAGAUAAGUUCCAACGUGAUAGCGAUGCCUCCACCAUCUCAAUCGGUAGAAAGAGGUCCAUUGCACGUUGGGCCAACUAAUGAUUUUCCAGUCCAAGAGGUUUCUAGUGCUACUUUACAAGUGGGUUCUGAUGGAGGAGCCAGAAGGGAUGAAACCCAUGACGAGCAUUUAAACUUCAUUUAUCAUGAAGAUGCACUGGGCUCAGCUGAAGGAUUACAGAAAUCCUCCAUGCAAUUUGUGGGUGAGUUCGUGGAAAAGGUGAUGCAUGAAGUCUCAACUUCCCAAAUCCAAACGGAGUUGGUGACGGAAGGCCAAAAGCAACACCAGAAAACCUCAAGUCAAUAUGAUUCCGGAGACUUUAAGUCAAAAGGGCAUGAAUCAAGGCACUCAUCUCGAAGUUCUGGAAAAAAGGGGCCUUCGGAUGAUAUAUGGGACGUGACAGACCCACCUAUUCAAGAAUCUUAUGUAACAGAAGCAACAGAAAGUGAAAGCACUACCCCAACCACGAAAACCAUUACCAAGAGAACUGGGAGGUCCUUGUGGAAUAUAAUUUCAGAUAUAGUUCAAUUCCGGUGGGCUGCGCGUUCUAGCCAUCAUACUUCACCUCAAAAGUCCGGCGGAAGAAGUUCGCCAAUUCAAUCUGUUAGCAGUGAGGCAUGGUUCUCUGGUCAUGAGGCGGAUGAAAGUAGCGAUGGAAAUGUGAAAAGGGGAAAGGAAAGCACGACACAUGGUUCCACGUCUUCUGAUCAGCAUAGUCCAGCAACAAUUCCAAUGGGAAGUCAAGGAGAAAGGUCCAGCUCAGCACACUCGAAGAAUAAAAAAGGUUCAAGUAUCUCUUCAAGUGGCCCAGCAUCCAUAGCCAUUUCCUUGGGUCCCACUGAAGAAAAUGUUGGAAGGAGUGGCACUGAAGUGGUGGAAUCAUCAGUCCUAAUGCCUUCUUUGCGAUUAAGAAGAUCUCCCCAUAUAGAUGAAAUUGCAGAAGCUGGUAAGACUGCUGUAUCUGCAAGUGGUUCAUUGUUGCAGGAGCAAGCAAGUGAUACUGGUCUCACUGGAAAAUCGGGGGCUGGGGAAAAAGAUGGGGAAUUGAAACGAAGAAAACUUCAACGGAACUUUCAAGUCCCAAAGGAUAGAUUUGACGAAUGGGAGGAAGCUUAUAAAUUUGAAAGCGAGCAGAGAAGAAUGGAUGAGGUGUUUAUGAGGGAAGCGCUGUUGGAGGCCAAAAAGGCUGCUGAUAUAUGGGAGGUCCCUGUUGGGGCUGUCUUGGUACAACAUGGAAAAAUAAUUGCUCGUGGAUACAACCUGGUGGAAGAAUUACGUGACUCCACUGCCCAUGCAGAAAUGAUUUGUAUACGGGAGGCUUCAAACCUACUUCGUACAUGGAGGCUUUCUGAGACUACCCUGUAUGUAACACUUGAACCAUGUCCUAUGUGUGCUGGAGCCAUACUUCAAGCUAGAAUCGAUACUGUUGUAUGGGGAGCUCCCAAUAAGCUCCUAGGAGCUGAUGGCAGCUGGAUUAGACUUUUCCCUAAUGGGCCGGAAGGCGGAAAUCCCUCGGAACCAACAGACAAGCCACCAGCUCCAAUCCACCCAUUCCACCCAAAGAUAGUUGUGAGGCGAGGAGUGUUGGAAACAGAGUGUGCUGAUGCAAUGCAGCAAUUCUUUCAAAGGAGACGGAAAAAGGAGAAGAAAGCGGACUCACCACCUUCUUGUCUUCCUAUUUCAACCUAUCCUUCAAAACUCUUAACCAAGAUGCAUGGUGCCUUCCAUUUUUGUUUGUAAUUUUGUCAUCAGAUUUCUUGUUUGUAAUUGGAUUAGAGGAUGUAUUUUAUUUUUUUUGCUGCCCCGGUCCAUUUCAGUUUGAGAAGUCAACUGUCGUUCGAUCAGGCCAAGACGAUUCUAAGGAAUUUUUUCUGUAACAUGACACCCCUUUUGCAGAUUUUCCAUGUGAAAUUGUGCACUUUGCAGCAUAAAUUGGACACAACAGUUUCUGUGCUAA